AUGCAGUCUCUACAAUCAUUUGCUUUCAUUUUAAUAUUUGUAGCUGUUGCAUUUGAUGUUUGUAAAUCUGAUGAUUGUAGUAAUCCCUUGAAGAUUAUUACUGUCAGCCAAUCAGGCAAAGCAGAUUUCAAAACAAUUCAAAGUGCCAUUGAUUCUGUCCCUGCAGGAAACUCUCAAUGGAUUCAUAUCCAAAUAUCCUCCGGUGUUUACAAAGAGCAAGUCUUAAUUCCCAUCAACAAGCCAUGCAUUUAUCUUGAAGGAGAUGGAAGCCACUCCACAAGUAUAGAAUGGGGUUCUCAUGAGAAUGCCACCUUCAUAUCAAAAGCAGAUAAUACAGCUGCAAAGGGCAUAACUUUUACGAAUACACUCAACAGCCCAGUAUUAUUAGAGGCCACUAACAUCACACAAGCAAGAGCUGCUAAAAUCCAUGCAGAUAAAUGUGCUUUCUAUAGCUGCAGUUUUCUAGGAGUGCAAGAUACCCUAAAUGAUGACUACGGUCGCCAUUACUACAAUAAUUGUUUCAUCCAAGGUGCAGUCGAUUUCAUAUAUGGGCAAGGUCAAUCACUCUUUGAGGAAAGUACAAUAUACUUUUCGACGGGAAAAUCGGGUGUAAAAAAGAAUGGAGUUAUUGCAGCACAAUAUAGAGAUUCACCAAAUGAUCCAAGUGGGUUUGUGUUUAAUAAAUGUAACAUAACUGGGACAGGAGGAAAGUUUCUACUUGGAAGGGCUAUGGACGCUUAUGCAAGAGUGAUCGUAGCAAAUUCUUACAUAUCAGAUGGUGUUAAACCUGAGGGUUGGAGUCAGACAACAUAUGUUGGGCAUGAAUCAAACCUUACUUUUGUGGAGGAGGGAUGCAAAGGACCUGGUGCAGACAAAUCAAAACGCGUGAAAUGGAUGAAGAGUUUGAGUCGACCUGAACUUGAUAAAUUCUUGAAUAUCUCUUUUAUUGAUGAUGGUGUUGCACCUCGUCGCCAAGCUGAUAUAGUUUAUAAUACUUUGGAGGAUCUUGCUCAUAUGGAGGCUGAGCAAGUUCCGGUUGAUAUUGAGGAUAUACAUGAGGUGCCUGCUGGAGUUGACCAAGUUCAUGUUGCUAUGGAGGAGGUACCUGUAAACACUGAGCAAGUUCUUAUUGUUGAUGAAGAGGUAUAUGUUGCGGCUGAGCAGGUUCUUAUUAUCGAUGAGGAUGCUACUCAUACAGAUAUAGAGGCCACGGCUCGUGCUUCUAAGGAGGAAUAUGUUCACAUAGAUGGAGCCUUCCAAGGAGGACCUAGUGGAUGA